AUGAUUGUUCGCAAAUUUCACCCAACAAUUGUCUGCUCCAGAUGCUUUGCUGAAAGAGGCAUUCAUCAUUUCUCUUCAACUAAUAACUUAGACCCAGGUGAACAACCCUUUGUCUUAAAGAAGCUUACCCAGGUAGAGGAGAUGCUUAUUGCUCGCGUAUCUCCUGUUUUGCAAGUCACUCACGCAAGAGGCGGCCAAUACAAAUAUUUUGGUCACACGAUAAGUUUCCCUCAAGACAUCUUUGAAAUUGCAAAGAAAUUGCCCCGCAAAUUGCAGGAUUUGGAAGUCCUCAUAAUCCAAAGAACCAAUAUUCAAGGCCAUAAAUAUGACUGUUAUGUCAAUAAAUUCCAUGUUAUGGAUGCAUUGACGUUUAAAAUCCAACAUGACCAAUACUACAAGGACGUUGUCAUUGAUUUUGAUACUUUGAACUUGCUUCCUGAUGUUACAACAGAUGUUUCAGCUAUGUUGAAUCUGUUGCAAGGCAUUGACAAUGAAGUAGUUGUUCCUCCAACAGCAGAUUGUUCCGACCCUGCGGAUCCAUUUGCCACAGACAUUUCAUCAUCCUUCAUCCCAACAAUGCCUGGUACAACUUGUGAGUUGGAAGCCAUUAAAGACACAUUGCAACUACAUACUACUGAAAAGAAUUUUUUGCCUUGGCCUCAAAUAAGCUCCUCCCCGAUAAAUGAAUAUAACACUAAAGGUUUAUUGCCUAUGGCAUUUCCAGCACUCUUUCCAACUGGUAUUGCCCUCCCGCUCGAGCCACGUACCAAACAUGUUCAUUUGCAUGAAUAUGCACUCCACUUGAUAAGAUACUUCGACCAAAGAUUUGGUCAGCAUGUCAGGUUCCGCUAUUUCAUUUAUAAUCUCAUUAUGCGCCACCAUUCACAGCAAUCUACAACUGUCUUUAUUAGAACUAAUAUAGAAGAGGCCUUCCCAAGCAAUUUGCAAGCAUUACGUGAACAUUUGCAGAACACGCCUGAUGACCAGUUGCCAAAACAGCUCCUUCGCUUUGGUGCAACUCUUAGAGGCACUAGGGCAUAUUGGAAUAAAUCUAGAAAGGAGCUCACAACUAUGAUCUCCCAAUUGGGUACCCCAACCCUUUUUUUCACAUUGAGCUCGACUGAUACUAAAUGGCCUAACUUGCAUACCAUAUUCAAUGAAGAUAAAGACCAAGCCAUAAAAUCCACACGAAAACAACUAGUGGAAAAUGUGAUUCGCAAUCCACACAUAACAGCCUUAUACUUACACAACAGGUUUACAAUAUUCCGCGAAGAAAUUAUUCAAAGAAAAAGACCUCCGGUAUAG